AUACGAUUAUUUAGCAGCGAAUAGUAGCGUCGUAUUGUAAAAAGCACUACAGUGUUAUGAUAUUUCAUAAGAGAAAGAGAAGUUAUAACUGUCGUACUUGAUUAUUGAACAAAUAAAUUUCUCGGUGAAAUAGAUUGGAUCAAGGUGUAUGUUUAGUUAUUGAAAGAAACGUGAUAAAUGUAAACAAAGUUUUAUUGAAGUUGAUUACAUUGAUUAUGACAGAUUUUUCUAUAAAUGACCUCAUGUUAUGCCAUAUGUUUCAUAAAAUGAUUAAUAAGUAUUUUUCUGUGAAUAUGGUUCUUGUUUACUUAAAUUAUUCUAUAUCUCUUGUUGUUAUUGAUAAAAGUAUAUUUAUAAGCAGUAUAAAAUUGAAAGAAUAAUAUUAAUACCACUGCAAUGUAAAAGCAUAAAUCGAUAUGAAUUUUAUCAAUUUAUAUUCAAGACUUGGAAUAUUCCAACUUUCAGUUUGCUUUGUAUAUGUUGUAUAUGAUAACUAUGUAAUUGUAGAUUAUGGAUAUGCUAAACUAAGCAAAUAACUAUGCCACGCUAAGUUUUGUUUCCCUUUAACAAAAUUAUAUGCUAACUUAUGUUAUAGAUUUUGACUUUGUAAAAGAUAUUUACUUUAUUGAUAAAAAUUCCAUUAUUGUUUAUUAAUAUGGAAGCUGAAUCAUCAAAACACAUAUGUAAAAUACAAGCUGUUAAUCGCGCCCGUAAAAUACCAAGUGUAAAUUAUUUAUGGGAUAAAUCUACAGCAGUAUAUGGUCGUGUAAAAGAUACAAAUGUAUUUGUACAUUGGGCAUUUAACACUAUGGAGAACAUAGUUAAUACCAUGGUUGAAAAGUCAUUGCCAGUUGCUAAAUUAAUAGAAAAGCCUAUUUGUACACUUGAUAAGACAUUAUGUCAAGGAAUUGAUUAUGUAGAAGUAAAAUUACCCAUAAUAAAAGAAGAACCAAAGCAGAUAAUAAACCGGACUAAGUCUCUUGUAUCAGAACGUCUUAGACCAGCUGUUAAAACAUUCACAGAUUUAAAGAAGGGAACCAAACAUAGAGUUAAAGUUAUAAAGUUACACACUUAUUACAAAGUUCAUUAUUUAAGAAUGUAUAGUUGGCAGCAGGCAGAUAGAGUUAUGUCAACUGAAACAGGAAUUAGUAUUUUAAAAACUGUUGACAGUACCACUGAUUUCGUUGAAUUAAUAUUGGAUAAAUACUUACCUAUUCCUUCUGAUGAUUUUCACAAUAAUGAAACUGAAAAGUUAUGCAAUGAAGAUGCCAAACUUCAUCACACUGUUGGGAGAUUAAGUGAAUUUAGUUCUCGUACUUCAAAACGUAUUUACUUUGCUUUAAUGGAAUUGCAACAUAUUUAUAGAAUGGAAAUUCGUUUGUUGAUAUCAGAUAUUAUAUGUAUACUCUUAUUAUUCAAAUACAUACUGCAUGGUUUGUUACUUUAGACGGGGGAAGUACAUUUCUGGAGAGUGGAGAUAUAAGAGAUUCACUUCUUGAUUACGAAGGUCCUAUCUGUUCGGAAAAUAGAAAAAAUAUUUUUUCUGGGAAGAAUCCUAGCGAUGUCAAAAUUGAAAGUUACUGUGUAGAUGUAGAUUUGAGUUCCGAUUUUUCAUGUCCUAUGGUGUCUUGUUUGGACUCAGAUGCUUCCUCAAACCUCGUCUGAUAUUGUUUCCGAUUUGACAUUUAACAUGGAAUUUUUUUCUGUUUCGAGUUUUCUCUCGUAGUAAUAAUGUCACAUUCUCCAGAGUUCGGGAUAUCGGGAGUAGAUAGUAACAAAAUAUGAUUGGUGUACAAAGGUUAAGUAUGCAAAGACAAUUAAUAUAAAAAGACAAUUAAAGUAAAUUGCAUCUGGAACACAUUUCUCCUCAUUUUUUAAUUAUCCAGCUGCCUACGUAAAGAAUCGCAGAACAUUAUCAGAAUAUAGAAUUAUCAAUUAUCACAAUAUGACAGUUUCACUUAAACCCCCUGAAUAAUGAUAAUCCUAUUAAACACGGAUUACAUUCGGAAUCCUCAAGUAGAAAUAACUGCAAUUUUAUCUACAAUUAUAUGUAAUGAUGGGUUUGUUCAGGAACAUGGAAUAAGUAAGGGUUUAUGAUAUUGCCGAUCGGGCCCGAAGAGGGGUCUAGACCAAAAAAACUUGAAGGGCCGACAACGUCAUGAACCAUUCGACAAAAGAAGCAAAUUGUUACCCUUCACUCCCUCUUUGAGUAAUUAAUAGCGGGGCAAAGGAGAGAUUAUGGCUCUUCUUGGGAAUUUUUUGCACAGUCUACGACCAGAUACUAAAGGUCAGUCGUCAAAAAUAGUUAUUUUUUGCUUUACGAAAAUCACAGGUCAUGGUCUAACCAGCGGACACAACAUAACGAUCGAUAUUCUGUAUCAUAUCCAGAAGGGACAAUCCCUUAAUAACCACGCAUUCAAAAGCUAAUACAGUCCACACUGUGAUAAACUCCCUGGCUUAUACCUACUUUCGAAUAUUUGAACACGUACAGGGUUUACUAAAAAAUGUGACUAGAUGUCGCGAUUAUUUUGAAUAUUACAAAAGCAGUCAAACAGUCAUUUAACACAUUUUAUUUUAAAAUUCUGUAUUGUUUUGGGAUAUAAUGUAAAUUUAUUCCCUUGCUUCGUUAAAUCAAUCCUCAACCAAUCAGAGAAAGGUGAGAACAAGGUGGUGAGAAAAAAAUUGAAUGAUAGAAAUGCUAAAAAUCGGUUCAUGUGAUCGAAGUUGCGCAACAUGAAAAUUGAACGUGGCUACGGUGAAAUAAACCCCACACUGAAUAUUUGAAUAAAUAAAUAUGCAUUAUCAAGAAGAGUGAGCGAGACAGAUCGAUCGAUUUUUACGAUGUGAAACGUGUGAAAUACGCUUCCACCUUGAAAGACGAUGAAAGUUAAUAAAUAUAGGUUACGAUCGAUGUAUGUGUUAAUUUGUUAUCGACAAACUAUUGGAUCGAAAAACAGCUGGAUUAGGGACGAAGAAACUUGGUCGAUGUCUGAAGCACUUCUGCAGACAAUUUAUUUAUCCAAUAGGAACGAUGAAACUUUUUCAAACUUCAAGCUUUGUGAAAAAUAACUCUGUCGAAAACGUCGUAUUGAAACAAUGGGAUACGUCCAGUAGAUAGACGAUCCGUGGAAAUAAAAAGUAACCGUAAGCCUGGGAAAUGGACGCUUCUUACUACUUUAGCGAUUUUCAUUAUUCGAACGAUUUAGUCAAGUAAUAAGUACGUAUUUCCGUUAAAGAGGUGUUACGUUCAGCUUCAUGGAUUUUUCAAUGCAAGAUUGAAGAAACGCUGUUGAGUGCCGAAGCGUGCAGACGUGUGUCUAGUGCUCUGUGAAGUUCACAAUACAACACGUGACGCCCAUCCGUCGAAAGUGAAUCGAAACAGACAUAAACCAAGUGUUUCUAAACUUACUGGUCGAAAAUCCAACGCUCCUAAUCUCUAAUCCGAAUCAUAGCCUCUCGACUAGUUAUUUCAAAUUGAAUUAACUAGCUCGAAGAUGGCCCAAGUAUCUCGAUCAGGCUCUCUUGAGCAAAACCAUAACUGCACCGCUCUAUCUCCUCCGUGGCAAAAGGACAAUAUAUCCCUCCUUUCAAACGACACUAAAAACAUAAAAAAACGUAAGCUAGAAACAGUUAAAAUAAACGCAAACACUAGCCAGAACGAACAGUCAAUAAGCCGUGUAACCACUUACAAUAGAUUCGCAAUAUUAGAAUCCACAAACGACUCCAUGGACGUAUAAAUUUGUUAAUACUAAUAAUUUGUAAGUUAUGAGUUGCAAAAUCUCUAAUAAUAUUGAUUCAAUUCUGCAAAAGAACCCAAGAGGAAGUCUUCCAAAGCACGGCUCGCUACAUUGUCAUCCACACGGAAAGCCUGACUGACAUGUGAAUACGUGUGAACAGAGCAAUCGUUGAUUGCAAUUACGCUACGUCAUGCCAAACUCGUAGGACGAGCAAUUCGAUCAACUAAUAAGCAAUAUUUUGUAAUUUCUCUUACAUAAAACUGUACUAAAAAGCAAAACAUAUGCACGUAUGAUAUUGAUCAAAUGUAAGAUAAGUUUUCUUAGUGCAUCCAAAUAGUAUACCGAGUCACAGCAAUUACGUACCUCAAUAGAAUGCUAUCUCGAUCAGUUCCUUAAAAAUUAUAAAUCAAACUUCGCUAGAAAUAGGUAUACAAAAUAUUAUACUGCUUUCGACACUUCAUUGCAUAUUGUAUCCGCUGUUUUUCACUUCUCAAUUGAAAACUGCAGAAAUCUCAGUGUUUUGUCAAUUGAGAAUACUUUUUUCAAUGUCAUUCAAUUUUUGUAAACUAUCUAUGUCAUACGUUUUAUGUCAUACAUAUUAUGUUACGUUUAGGAUUGUUAAUCUUUACCUUUUUAGAAAAUAUGAGAAAUUCAUCCACAGUCAAGGGUCAUCAUGGUCCUGCACUGGUGUCAUGCGAACGUGAUUUAAACCUCUGAAAAUACUGCUUAGACCUCGAGGCAGUUCCAAUUACCCCGCUACGUUGUACGCGAUAUUAGUUGGAUGUUGACAUUAGCCUUGAUAAAAUCUCUCGACAGCUUGUAGCUAGUCCGCUUAUUAUUCAUUACACUUUCAAGUGCGGUGAAGCUUCGCCGGUAGGAGGGAACAAGUCUGUCGCGUGAAUAUCCACGUGUCGUUUUCUAUGGAAGGUGGUUAAGAUAACUGAUAUGUGCGUAAUUCGUACAGUUACGCAUAUUUAUUCCACUUUCUGGGAUAAACGAAUAUUAUAUGUCUCAUUACUACGAAAUAUUCUUUUCUUCGAUAGUUCGAUAUUAUAUUUGAUAUGAAAAUUUGAUAUUAUAUUUGAUAACGUGUAAAUGUAAUUGCUAAGAAAUUGAAAACAAUUUAUUGCGAUUGUUUAAAAUAUUUAAAUUACACGAAAAUAUUUACACACACAUAAUUUAGUUUUUUCACACUGCUUAAAAAUAGUGUGUAGAGGAUUGAUCUUAUCAGAUAUCACGAAAUACAGAUUACUGUUUGUGAGCAAUUUAUUUAAGAUAUUAAUUCGACACAAAACACAAGUCCAGAUAUAAUAACUUUCGCGAAAUAAAUACGCGCAGUCUCAAGAAACUCCGUAUAUACGUCUGAUGCGUCUGUAUGCUUAUACUGCGAUCGCUGAACUUCCUCGCUCGUCAUUUCGUUUGUUUAUUUAUACUGGUCGGGGGACAGUCGGAAAGUUUGAACUUGAUUGCGUUUGACGGUUGAAAGUAGCGGCGACAUUGUUUUGCUCGGAGUUCAUUACUCCUUGCAAUACCUGUGACCUAACGGUCAUGAUACUCCGAAACAAAACAACAACAGGAUUUGAAUUUGUCCUGCUCGCGUGCCGCUAUAAGUGUAAUCAAAUGGAUAUUUCAAUAUUGCCCGAGCAGCCGAGCUAACUGGACGUGCAAAGUAGUGCUUCAGAAAAGUGCGGCAAGUGGGGAAGAGAAAUUUAAGAACGGUUACGCCUAUAGCCAAACGGAGGAAACCCGUGUCUUCUAUUAAGAAGACUAGCAAACCUACCAUAAAAGAUAUUGCACCAAUAAAAAUUAUAAACAAAAAAGAUCAAUACUACAUAUACAAAACAACAGAUACAUCAAAAACAAGUCAACAAACAAACCAAGGACAGGACUGCUCAGCCACAAUUGAAGUUGACAUGGAAAUCAACAAAGUAACAACUCAACAGGACGAAAGCUGGAAGGUAGCCAGCUAUAACAAAAAAAGAAAAAUAACAGGUAAUCUAGAUACGGAAAAGCAGCGAUGGCUGCAAGAAUUACCGCUAAGAAACUCCUUCAGCUCGCUAACAGAAGAAUUAGACGACGGCCCAACAAGCAAUACCACAGCUCAAUCAACACACAUUACAAAACCUCCACCAAUAUUUGUUGAGGCGCAAAUAAUAGACCCGCUUAUUGAUCAACUAAACAAUAUAGUUGGAAAGGAUAAUUACACAAUAAAACAAACAAAAUUAGAACAGGUAAAAAUCCAAACAAACACACCAGAAAAUUAUAGGAAAGUUAUAAAAGAAUUAAGGGGGAAAAAUGCUAUAUACCACACGUACCAGCUCAAAACGGAAAGGAGCUACAAAGUAGUUAUAAGAGGACUGCAUCCAAAAAUUAACACAAAAAAACUAAGUGACGAAUUAGCAAAUAUUGGCCACUAAACAAGAACUAUAAACAAUAUUACAAGGUACGAUACGAAGCAACCACUACCGCUAUUCUUAAUAGAGCUAGAACCUAAAAAUAAUAACAAGGAAAUUUUCGAUAAAAAAAAUUUUAAACACAUUAAUUACAGUCGAGCCACCCAGGCACAAAAAAGACAUACCACAAUGCAUGAGGUGUCAACAAUAUGGACACACUAAAAAUUACUGCAACAGGAACCCGGCGUGUGUCAAAUGCGCAGGAAAGCACCUUACAGUGAACUGCCCACACACGGGAAAAAUAAAUGAUGUAAAAUGUUACAAUUGCGGUGGAAAUCACCCAGCUAGUUACAAAGGCUGUUUAGUAAGAAAACAACUUCAAGGUAAACUUUUUCCGCCGCUUCGUAACAGGAUAUACACUAACUCUCACACACAUCAGGAUAGCACAGUAACUGAAACAUCAACAAACAUACAACAUGUAAUGAACAUCAACCAUAAUAAUACCAACACCUUUGGUAGUCGAAGCUACGCGCAAGUAGCCAAACAGUCAACACCCUUAGAUAAUCAAAUCCAGAACAAUAACAUCAACGACGCUACAGAAAUCAAAGAACUGAUAAAGCUAUUCAUUAAAAACACGGAAAUGUUAGCAAAAAUGAUAAGUGAACAAAACGCAAUCCUUAAACAGCAAACGCAACAAAUCACACUCAUGCUACAGCUACUCACAAACACGCUAAGCAAAAAAUAAAAGUGGACACGCUUAAAAUAACAGCCUGGAACUCUAACGGCCUACAACAAAAGGCCCUAGAAACUAAAACAUUCCUGUACAACAAUAAUAUCGAUAUACUACUUGUUUCAGAAACACACUUCACUAUAAAAAACUAUUUAAAAAUACCGUACUACACCAUAUAUGAUACCAAGCAUCCCUCAGGAAAAGCACACGGAGGGACCGCAGUAAUAAUAAGAAACGACAUUAAACAUCAUUUACACAGUCAAGUUUGUAAGGAAUAUAUCCAAGCAACCACCGUUACAGUACAAACUAGCAGCAACUAUUUACAGUUGUCAGCAGUAUAUGUGCCACCGCGACACAAAAUUACAUCACAAAUGUGGGAAGACUACUUCCGACACUUAGGUGACAAGUAUAUUGCAGCGGGAGACUAUAACUCAAAGCACACACUAUGGAGAUCAAGAAUCACCAUACCUCGAGGCAGAACCUUGGAAAAAUACAUUAGAAAUAAUAACCUCACUAUAUUAUCCACAGGAAGACCGACAUACUGGCCGACAGACCUGAGCAAAAUACCUGACCUGCUAGACUUUGCAGUUACAAAGGGACUAAACGCAAAUAAACUAAACAUAGCACCCAGCCUCGAGCUUACCUCCGACCAUACGCCCAUUAUAAUUACAUACAGAAACAAACCAAUACUUUACAGCAGCACAGAGAAGCUAUGCAAUAAAACCACCAAAUGGCAAAUAUUCAAAGAAAUAAUAGAGAGCAAAAUCAGCUGCAACAUCCCACUGAAAACACCUGAACACAUCGAUCAAGCAGUAACAACACUCACAGAAACUAUCCAAGAAGCAGCAAGGGCAACCACUAUACCUGAAACAACCAACAGACAAACAAAAACAGCUCCACUAGACAUCCUCGAAAAAAUUAGAGAAAAAAGAAAAGCGAAAGCAAAAUGGCAAAAACACAGAACAAAAGAAAACAAAAAACACCUAAACAAACUCACAAAAGAAAUAAAAAACAAAAUAAAAGAGCACAACAACAACGAGUUCACAAAGUUCAUCGAGUCACUAUCUGCUCACGAGAACUACAACUACUCCCUAGCCACAAAAAGCCACAAAAAAAAUAAAGAAGACAACAAAAAUGGUAUCAGCAAUCAGAAGAGCAGACAACACAUGGGCAAGAAGCAACGAAGAGCAAGCUGAAGAAUUUUCCAACCACCUAUGCAACACAUUCACCCCACACAACAUCAACAACAGCAACCACAAUAGUCAUACGGACGAGGAUGCGCUAACUACUAGUACACCAACUGACAAUCACUACACCAUACCCAAAGCAACAGCACAAGAAAUGAGAAACAUAAUUGAGAAAACAAAAAACAAUAAAGCACUAGGAAUCGACCUAAUUAACAGCAAAAUCUUGAAAAACCUUCCGCCAAAAGCGAUAAGACAAAUCACAAUAAUAGUAAACGCAAUAUUAAAAAAAGAAAUGGAUCGUACAUUUUACGUGGUUUUCUUGUGUUAUUUACUUUUAAUUUUUUGUCUCGAAUCGAGGCGAAAUAAUACUUCGAGCUUUGCUUAUUAAAACUAGCCUGAUGUGUCUGCUUCUUCAAGGAUAUAUUCGAUGAUUGAAACGUUAUUGGAUCUCAUCCAAUAUCGGAACCGUUAGAAUAGUGCUUGAGAGACACACUUGGAGUAAAGUGCCGUACAUUGGUGGUGCUUGAGAGGCACACUUGGAGCGUUAAAAGUUAAGUCAAAUACGGAUUUUCUUUUUUUUUUUAAUUUAUUUACAUUUUACAAUUUGUCCAGUAGGACAUUUGGUAAAAUAUUAUAGCUUAGUGGUAUAAUAAUAUAACAUGUGGAUGGCUACCCCCAGUGGGAUACCAUCUUCGAAUUUGAUUGAUUUAUUUCUUUAGUGUGGUGAGUGUUUGUAUGUUAGGUUAUGUCCUUUGUGAGAUCUGUUGGGCGUUUCCUUUUUAGUCUUCUUUUUAUGAAAUACGGAUGAGCAGUUCUGUCCGAGCAGCCGAGCUAAACGGACGUGUAAAACAGUGCUUCAGAGAAAGUGCGGUAAGUGGGGAAAAGAAAGCUACGAACGUCAACGCCCAUAGCCAAAUGGUGGAAAAUCCAUGUCUUCUACUGAUAAGAUUAUUAUUACUAAAUCCAAAAUAUACAAAUACAAAUAUACAAAUACAAAUAUAUCAAAUCCAAGCCAAUCACUAAACGAAGAACAGGAGUGCUCAGCUAUAAAUUUUUUUUUGUUUUUUUUAUUUUAUUAAUUACAUUAACAAUUUGUCCAGUUUGGACAUUUGGUAGAAUUUUUUAGCUGUUUGAUUAUCAUGUGGGUGGCUACCCCCAGCGGAAUACCAUCUUCGUGUUUGUUGGGUUGUGUCCUUUAUGAGGUCUGCUGGGUGUCUCCUUUUCAGUCCUCUAUCCAUGUUUGAGGCGUUGAUCGUUUCCGCAGCUAGCCGGCUUGGGUGUGUUCCUAUUCUUUCUUUAUAUUUUCCUGCGUGUCUGUUAAUUUCCUCUUUGACCGUUGGUAUUCCCAGGUCCUUGCGUAUAUCCUCGUUUCUAACGUACCAUGGGGCGUUUACUAUUGUUCUAAGAAUUUUAGCUUGUACUAUCUCUAUUUUGUUUACAUGGCUCAUUGCUGCUAUCCCCCAUAGUGGUAUUCUGUACGUCCAGAUUGGUUUUAUGAUCGCUUUGUAUAUUUUUAAUUUAUUUUCUAUACUUAAUUUGGAUUUUCGACUUGUUAGCCAGUGCAUUUGUCUCCUUGUUGUCUGUAUUUUGUCUAUUAUUGAUUUAGUAUGCUGUUUCCAUGUGAGUUGUAUUUCUAAGUGGAGUUUCUAAGUAUGUGCGUGCCGUUCAGUAGGAUGUUUGGUGGUAUCUGUUUUCGCAGUGUGACUGUAAUAUGGUUGUAUUUAUCGGGGUUUGCUUUUAUUUGUUUAUCUUGCAGCCACUUUUCUAUUUUUGUGAUAUGUUCUUGUAGUAAUUUGACUGCUGUUUCUGGGUUAGUGUGCCUGACUAGUACUGCUGUGUCGUCCGCGAAUGUCAGUAUUUUGCUAUUGGUAGUUGUUGGUAUGUUGGCCGUGUAUAGUGUGUAUAGUAUCGGUCCUAAGAAGCUUCCUUGCGGAACCCCUGCCUUGAUGUCUUUGACUUCAGAGUAUGUGUGCUUGAUUUUUAUUACGAAGGUUCUGCUGCUUAAGUAAGAUUUUAUUAAUUGGUAUAUUUGAUCCGGGAAUUGUUUCCUGAUUGUUUGUAGUAGGCUUUCGUGGUUUAUUUUGUCAAAUGCUUUCUCUAUGUCCAUAAAGAGGGCUGUACAGUAUUGUUUGUUUUCUAAUGCUAGUAUUAUUUCGUUGAUGAGCCUGUGCAUUUGCUCUAUAGUGGAGUAUUUGUUUCUGAAUAUAUUAUUAAAUAAUAUAAUGAAUUAAAUAAUAUAAUAAUAUAAUGAAAUAAUAUUAGAAACAUCUAAAUAUGACGAGUCAGUGACGUUCGUUUUAUUGUCCAAGGCUUAAACAAAGAAUCGACAGUAGUUAUUUGCAAAGUGUGAAACAGUGGAAGGGGGGAUGCAAUGCUGACACAAGCACCACAGUGCUCAGACGAGGAGGGUUCUUCGUCUCGCCAUUUCCAAUCCCUCUUACGCUUAGCGACGUCAUCCAACCAACACUAACGGACUAUGAACGUUCUCCUUUACACGUACCUACACACAGAAACAUCGUUACCUGUACACAAUACGCGUACCGCAAGUCUGGCUCAGCCACUUUCAGACACCUUAGAAUUAACGCGGUGAUUUCGAGUACCCUGGGGAAUUCUUUGCUCGCCCGCCAGCUACGCCUUCUUCUUACAAGCUUACGGUCCCGGGCUGAAGCUUUAUUGGACUGUUGUGCUUGCCAGUCGAAACCGAUUUACGAAUAUUUUUUCGCGGAGAAUACGCGCUACGUCUUUCGUCGAGGGUAACGACCGCUGUUUAGUUGACUCUGUUUCAUUAUAAGUCGAAUCUGUUUGAUGUAAUCCUUUCGAUGGCUCCUUUUAGAUAAUUUAGGGGAGGGGGGGUCAGACGAUUUGUUGUUUAAAAAGAUUGUGAACUUAACAAGUGUCAUCAAAUAACGCAUUAAUAUUCUAUUAACGAUGCACAUGAAACAGUCACGAAAUUUUGCAGUGUUAUCUGUUCGGAGGAUAGUGAUAAUCGUACUCUUGUUAAUGUAUUUUGCGUUAAAUCGAUAUCUCAAUUUGUUUUGAAGAUAUAGUACUGCAAAGUUGUAUAAUAGACGUAUAUCUAAGUCUAUAGCCUUCGGCGGUCUGACCUACAGUUUUUCCAGGAAACGCACGUGCUUAGCUCAUUUGCAUCAUGGCCCUACUUAAGAGGACUGGUCCCUAUCACCGCGUGCGGUCGGUUGUAGAUGCAGUAAAUGACAUCCGACUUCUUCAUGGAGUUUGUCGAAAAUUUACUGUUCAAAACGAUUGGUAGACAAUGUUACUCCGCAAACAUCGCAUCUUACAUUCUUUAUAACAGAGGAAAAAGAAAAAAUUAUUUAUUUAAAAAAAUAAGAAAUAAGAAAUGAAAUCAUAUUAUUUCUCGUGGAAUUCUUUAAAAUGGUCAAUACAAUAAACUGAUAUAGGCGAGAUGCUGACAAACGGGUCAAACGUGAUCUCUCACAUCUGAAGAAUACUUAGCGACUGAAAUAAGAAGCAGUCGCAGCGCGUGUAAUAAUCCGCGCUUGGUGAUAGAAGACAGUCGCAGCGCGCGGAUUAACCCCUUCCCGUGACCAGACUGAUGCUCGUAAACUGGAACUAACAUUCAGUCACGAUCGUAACGGGCAAAAAACAGUCCGCGAGCUCGGCUUGUUAUGUCAGACUCGCGAUAUUCAUGUUUGGGCUAAAAUCUUCAUCGCGAGUCUGACUCGAUAAAGUACGGGAAGGGGUUAAUCCGCGCUUGGAUGCAAAUGGGCUAGUAAUAG